CGGCCGCGGCUGGGCAGCGCGAGCGGUUCCGCAGAGUGGCUGACAGCGGCGGCGGCACCGGCUUGGCCAUGGCGGCGCUGAGCAUGCGGCAGCGCUUCGACCGGUUCCUGCACGAGAAGAACUGCGUCACGGCCCUGCUGGAGCGCGUCGAGGCCCGCACCGGCGUCAGCCGCACAUACCUCGCCCUCGGCCUGGCGGGCGCGCUGGCCGUCUACCUGGUCAUCGGCUACGGGGCCUCGCUGCUCUGCAACCUCAUCGGCUUCGCCUACCCCGCCUACGUCUCAAUCAAGGCAAUUGAAAGCCCCAACAAAGAUGACGACACACAGUGGCUGACUUACUGGGUUGUUUAUGGAGUCUUCAGCAUUGCAGAAUUCUUCUCUGAUAUCUUUCUGUCUUGGUUUCCUUUUUACUACAUGCUGAAGUGCGGUUUUCUGGUGUGGUGCAUGGCUCCAAGCCCUUCCAAUGGAGCAGAGCUUCUCUACCAUCGAAUUAUCCGCCCUUUCUUCCUGAAGCAUGAGGCUCAGCUGGAUGAUGUUGUAAAAGAUCUGAAAGACAAAGCUGCAGAAACUGCUGAUACAAUCACCAGGGAAGCCAAGAAAGCUACAGUGAAUUUACUGGGUGAGGAGAAGAAGAGUACUUAAAACAGUUAACUGGAUGAAGAAAGUUUCCUUCCCCCUCCCCCUUUAUAAAGCUUGAUGUUACUGGGGACUGUGGUAUAAUUUUAACAAUGUUGCCUUGGAAACAUUUUUGAUAUAUUAGGGGAAUGUGUUGUAAGUUUUGCUUACUACUUUGCUGUUGUCUGUAUAAAAAAAAGUGAGCAUUUUUAUUUAAAUGCAGUGCAGUGAGCAGCAUCUAAAGCUUAUUGAAAAUAUUUUAUUAGUCACUGUGCAGAGGAAGAUCUUUCAGUAGCUUCCUCUUGCAGUAAACAUAAAUAAAAUUAUAUAUCCCACAGGCUCUGCAAUUCAGUUUUUCUUUAUGCAUGCAUUCUCUGUAGUUCUGUUAACAUUUAACUGUGGUUCUUCCUGUAAUGUACAACCCUUGUAUGGAAAAAAUGCUCCAAAUGCAUUUUCAUGCAUAUAUUUACAUAUACAAGGAAUAGUUAUCAAAAGAAAGUGUUUUAUGAUGCCUCACCACUAAUGAAGUUGUAAGUGAUUUAAGUUGAGUGCAGUAGGCACCUGGUCACAGAGAUUCUGUGUUGCACAUGUGUGUAUUCUUAAAUGAGUAGAGGUUACACACAGAAAAGAGUACUUUGGUGCCAGUGACCAAAUUUAUACUGGUGUGACGUUAUUUGCCAGAAAUGGAUGCACUUGAAUUGCUUGUCUAAGGUGAGUAAAGCCUAGUCCCUUCCUUGUUUAGUUAAAUGCAGCAGGCAUCUAAAACUAAGAAUGGAGUGCCUUAUAAAUAAAUUGACUCAGAAGAAAAGCAGAGGUACCUUUUACUGAAAAUUAGUGCUACUCUGAAAAUUAACUAAAAACUCCUGCUGAAGUGUUUUACAGAUGGCACUAAUUAUGGGGAUUGACUCUUACCUUACCUUUGUUCCCAUCAGUACCUUUCUUCAUUAAUUUUCCUUGGUGUACAUGUUGGCUGCAUACAGGGAUGUUGCUCCUCCCAAGCUUUGCAAGGGAAUGCAGUCCCUCUUGUAGGGAGUAGUAGAGUUGUCUGGGUUGCUUGAUUUGAUAGGACUGAGAACAUGACCAGACUUGGCAGAAAAAUUACAAUUCAUUAAGCAGAAUCUGAUCCCAUGAUCUUGAGCAUACAUGUACCAUGGUACCUUCAUUGCUGAAUUUUUUUUAUAGCAGUGUCUCAUGCUGCUUCAAACAGUACUGCAGUCAUCAAGUUUGUUGUUACCUUCCCCACUGACACUUCCUUGGUGUUCCAUGUUUUAAUUAUAAACAAGGGAAAGUGAAAUGUUUGAUAUUUGUGGGUCAGUCUACAUACCAAAGGGGAAAAAAAAAAAAGGCCAAUCUGAAUCCUAUUAUGAAAAGGCUUCUCUAAAUUUUCAGAUGCGCGUGUUGUGGCCCCAAACAUUGUUCCCCAAGGAUAUUGCCAAGGGGUGAAACUUAUCUGUGGAAUACAAAAGUGUUAUUGCUGCAUCUUGAGGUUAGGAUAUUUUCAAUAGGCUUCAUAAAAUUUAAAGCUGAAAGGGAUAUCGUUAAACUUCUCUUACUGAGAAGUGUCUACUACUGUGUGACAAAGCAAAUAGGCAAGGCUUGUACUUUGAAGGGAGAACUUGAAAUAGCAUGAUGCACCCCCAAAAAAGUAUAUCAUGGAUUUUUAAGGCAAAUAACUUUGGCUUUUGACAGCUCUUUACUACAAACUGAACUACAUAAAAAAGGAGUUAAUUUUGGAGCUAUGGAAGUGAGCAAGUAGACCAGUUCUGUAGCUGGAUUAUUCUGUGAGUGACUUGUGUCCUUACCUUGCUGGUCCUUUACAGCUGUGAUAGGGCUGUUGAAACUUUCAGAGCAGUUGGGUUCUUGCUGUACUCUUAAAGAUGCCUCAGUAGAGUUUUUAGAUGUGAAAUGCUCCCUUGUGUUCAAAUAAUGUUAAAUGUAAAUACUCCUUCCAUUAAUAUUACAGUGCCUCCUGUUUCAAAACCUCUUCCUAGUAUUAAUAAAAUAUGAAUGGCAGGUGAAAGGUACUCUUUAAAUUGCUGCAAUCUUUUCCCUUAUUCUACCAAAACAGAGUCUGUCCUGUUUGUUUCUGGCCGAAGGAAUGAUACUGCAAGACUGGAAUUCAGCUUAAGUUAGGAGUGUUGCUAAUGGCUUCAGGAAAAGUAAUAGUUCCUUAUUUGGUUUUGGCUUGCUCAGAGGGACAAGCACCAUUUUACAGAAUGAGGAAAGGGCAGAGGUCAAAUCAGUCUAUCCCUGAGAUCAAGCACAGCUGUGGCUUAACUCAACUUGGCAGUGCAGGAGUUGAGUGUUCAGAGGGACAGCACAGUGCAAACUUAGAUAGAAUAGGAAAAGAAGCAACAUGGGUAAUUAAAAAAGGCAGCAUUGAAAUCUAGACAAAUGCUAGGACCUAUUGUGGCUUAGUAGGAGGAAAAAGCUUUAGUAGGGAUUUAAACCCUAGAUUUGUGAGAAUCCACACCUUUUAGGGCCAUGACUCAUUUUAAUUUAUUUUUGUAAAGUGCUUAAGAUGCAAAAUUACAUCAGCUAUAUACAUGCCAAUCAGUUGGGCCAAUGUAACUUAAAUUUAAGUGCUCCUUUUUUUUUUCUUACGGAUUUAUAGUGAACAGUGAUAGCCCUGCAGCUUAGUACUCAGCAUGAUACAGGUAACAAAGUACUGUCUAAGCAAACUAUACUCUGCAGGGCUAUUAAAUACUAUUUCUAUUAAAAAGAGGGGGAAAAUAAAACUAGGGGGUUAACAGAACUCCCAAAAUUAACAAGAUUUCUUAAAGGAAGCUUGAGAAUACAAUUCCCUGAUUCUCAAACCAGUCCUCAGUUCCUCUUCUGAAAUAAGAGACUGUUCUUUUGAGUUUCACUCUUAAUUAUGUGAGACGAAACCCUUUCAGGUAUCUGCUAGAGUAAGCUUCCCCUUGUACCUUAACAUGAUACAGAACUGAGCAGUUAGAUGUUAAAUGUAUUUUACAACACUGUAACACUUUUUAGAGACCUGCAUUAUUGCAGCAAACUUAAUGGAUUUUUUGCACUACUUUAAUAUGGCAGGAUUGCAAAUCAGGUGGAACAAGCACUGAAAGCCUUAGUGGUACUUGUAGAUGCUGCAAUAAAUCAAAGUGAGUCUCUGGAAAACUAAGCUUGAACAAUUACUUAAGUGUGUCAGGCCCUGGAGUAGCUGUAAGAAUUGUUUUGAAGGGCUGAUUUAAGUUUUAAGUGAUUAAGAAACUUACUGGGCAGCUUCUUCAGUUGUGCAAAGGAAGAGGAGCUGUUCAGUCCUGCAGCAACCAAUCUGUUCCUUGUAAAUAACUCGACUAGGCUGGCCACUCAAAACAACUAUUCUGUAAGUCUUCUCCCAACAACUAUUUAGGAAAAAAAAUAGUAUAUCUUAGUCAAUGUCUGUACUGAAGAUGUAAUGUACUAAAUAGAAAUGGAUACAAAUAAAAAGAAUCUUACUGUCUUUG